UCCUCUUUAGAAUAGGGUAGUACACGUAGUGAACCGAGCAGGUCCUAUACAAUUAGCGAGUAACGCGUGUUCCCUAGGUUUUGUAGAUUAGUGACGGGAGAAUGCAAGUCCAAUGCAUAACCUGCACGUCUAACGAAACUCAAUCCAGUGGACUCAGUGUCACUGAGAUUUGACUCCACCGAAAUAAAUCCAGCAUCUAUCAUCACCUUAGAAAUUACGAUUACCGGUUUUGUCCCGUUUAACAUGAGUUUUCCUUCCUGACGAAAGGGAAUACGUGAUCUUAACACUAGAAAUUUCACCUACAUGCCACACUAAACACGUGUUUUGACUGACUUUAGAUAAUAAUUAGUUUUUUCAUGAUUACUCAUUCUAGAUAUUGUUAAAGGUUAUAAGAUGUUUGGAAUUAUAGUGUCUGGUCGUUUGGUGGAAACGAAUAUUCCACAGAUUAAUGUAAAUCAAUUCUUGAUAAACGUUCCUGAUGCAGAUAACGUGAAUCAUAUUGUCGUAUUUUUAACCGGGACUAUUCCGUUUCCCGAAGGAACUGGAGGCGCAGUAUAUUUCAGUUGGCCAGACCCAAACGCCCCUCCAAACUGGCAGUUCCUUGGGUACAUUUCGAAUCUCAAGCCCUCAGCAAUUUUCAAGAUUCUGAAUCUAAAGAAAAAUCACGAAUUUGAGAAUACAAAUUCUGGAAUUUUUGGCAUUGGAACGAUCUCUCAUGUUGCACAAAUUGGGAUAUCCAUCGAACCAUUGAAUUCCAUCGAACUUCAAGCAAAUGCAGUCUCGGAGGCUGCUAUGAAUGCCACUACCAGCUCCGCCAUAGAAUUUGCUCAGAAAAUGCUAAUGAAUUUUUGUAAUUAUAUUUCCAGUUUUUCUGUGACACAAUCUCAAAUGGUACCCAAUCCCACCGAAAAUUUCGUACCUCUUUCCUCGGUCAAAGGGUGGUAUGAGAAGUUCGAACGUAGAUUACAACAAAAUCCAAAUUUUUGGAGACAAUUGUAAUAACAUCGUUCAGUAUUUUCUGUACUCAUCUUCAUUUUAUAUUAUUUAUGCGUUGAUUACUAAACGGUUCUAUAAUGCAAAUUCAGCACGCGUUAGUCAAAUUGCAAUUUGCUCAAAUUCAUAGGUCUGUUGUUUUUAUACUCAACUGCCGUAAAUUUUCUUGUAUAUAUAUAGUCCACCAUUAUGUUCCUCAUCCUCCUAGAAUGGCGUUGAAAUUAAUGAAUAAUUCUGAAAUCAGCGGCCGUGUCCAGAAAAUUUGGAAAGUGUCGAAAUACAUAUUUCUAAGUUUAGAUGCUAAUGCCACUCAUUUCACGGAAAAAUCUAGAAUUGUGAGAAAAUCUGAAAGAUAUUUCCAUUGUUAAUUUUCCUUGAGUACCAUAAACCGUACGUACGACAAGUAUAUAAAUAAAUCUAAACAUUUACAAUUGAAAAUGGGUGACUUUUUUGCAGUUAGUGAACUUACGUGGUAAAAGUAAUUGUUUUUCUCAGUGUAAUAAAGACAUAAAAAACAUAAUUUUGUGUACAAAAUCAUUACUUUUUUAGGAGAGAUUUAAAAAUGUACAAAGCAGAUAAGUAGUAUAAAGUAAGCAAAGAUAUUGAUACAACAUCUCAGUCGCGAAAACGAAACCUUCGUCCAGACCUUUUUCCUGUAAAAUCAUUCUGAAAAUGAAUUUUUCACAUAUUCAGAAUUUUUUUCCGAAAAUAAAAUUGAGGUAAUAUGGUGAUUCAAAUUCAACAGUUAACAAUGAAGGAACGGAAAUUAAGUUGUACAAUUUUCAAUUCGAUCAUUUUUUACGCUAACUCCAUCAUUAAUAACGUAUGAGGUUAAUUGAAAAAAUGAAACGAGGCAAUGCAAAGAUAUCGUUAUGAUAAAAAUACACGGAUAAACAAAUGAUAUUUGUGGGGGGAUAAUUUAAACUAAUUGUUCGUUCAUAUCAACUCUCUUUCUUACUAGUAGUGACUAGUGCUUUCAAGUGUUUCAACCGUUAGAGCGUGUAGUCCCACACCGGAGAUUCAAUAGGAGAGACAAAAAAAAGUAAAGUUGCUAGGAGUCCUUUUCUUCGAUUUUAUGAAAUGGAAAAUAGGGAUAUGAAUGGGAAAAUAUGUACUGUAGGGAGAGGUCUAGUAAUUACAUUUUAUAUAGCAUCAAAAACGCUGAAUUUGAAUCGUCCGAUCAUCGCGUCACCACAAUUUACGAUUGGAACUUAUUAAAAUGCAGCUUACGUUAUCCUACCAGGAAGUAAAAUAGUCAAAAACUUUAGUGUAUACUUAAUAAUUUGAUAUAUUUAUUGUAACUGGCCAAUUACAGCAGCUCCAGUUGCUGCUACUCACUGAAAUGCCAAAUAGUGUACGCCUUUCGGAUAAUAUACUUUGAGCUUUUAAACUGCUUACAAAUCAUAUCGAACGUGGUCCUGCUUCCUUAUAUAGAAAUAGUCAACUGGCCGACAAGAAACGAGAAUGAGGCAAGCAAGUCAACCACCACGCAUUUUAUGUCGUUACAUGCUUCAUACAUAUAUCUGUCCCGCUCUCUUCAAUAUUUGAAAAUAUUGCGUAUUUUCUUAUCUCAGUAUCUGCACGUCCAUUUUUCAUUUAAAAAACCUUUAAUAGUAAAUGAAAUCUGAAUUUCCCUCGACAUUCAAUAUAUCGAAUAAUUUGUAAGCACUUAAUACUUUACUAUUCUAUAAAUAAGGUAGACACAAAAUAAACAUUAUUAAUUUAUGAACAUAAAAUGUCAUGAUCUGUAAUCAAUUUUCAUCGCAACUUUUGAAUUUGCUGGUUGAUGGUGAACACAUUUUCAAUGCAAAAAAAAAUAAAAUACGUAAUAUUAUAACAUUUAUGGCUGUCAAUAUUACGGAAUAUAAGAUUUAAUCUCAUUCCACUGAACACAUGUCAUCGCAGCGGAAAAAAAAAUGAUUUUUACUUUUUACGGAG